UUUUUUUCUUCCCUGUCUAGGUCUGAUCUCCUUUGGAAAUGCCAAACUCAUUAGGACGUCAGGAGCUGGAAGUGUUCUGAGCCGGUUCAAACAUGGAGCGCUGGGACUCACUGGGAUUUUUGGUUGUCACGCUGAACUAUAAUGUGACUAUUGUUGGAAAGAUCUGGCUAAUGUUAAUAAUUCUGCUGCGAAUGGCAGUGGUAGUGUUAGCAGGCUACCCACUCUACCAAGAUGAGCAGGAGCGCUUCAUCUGCAACACCCUGCAACCAGGAUGCUCCAACGUUUGCUAUGACUUGUUCUCUCCUGUAUCUCACUUUAGAUUCUGGCUCAUUCAGACUGUGUCCAUCCUGCUACCUUAUGCUGCAUUCAGCAUUUAUGUUUUGCACAAGGUAGCUAUGUACAUUGUAAGAAUGCACUGUUUGGUACAUGGAUGCAAAGGGAAUAAGGGUUUAUCAAGCCCCAAAGACCUGAAGGAGCUCUGUAGAAGUACCCUUGUCAGUAGAUUAGAUUGUGGUGCAGACAACCUAAGUGUCCUUAAUUUUUCUGGGGCGUAUACUAUUCAUCUCUUUAUUAGGACGCUACUUGAGGCUGCCUUUGCAGCUGUGCAGUAUUUUCUUUUUGGAUUUUUUGUUCCUGAGCGCUUUUCCUGCUACCACUCACCUUGUACAAGCACAGUUGAUUGUUACAUCUCCCGGCCCACCGAGAAAUCCAUCAUGAUGAUUUUCAUCUGGGGAGUCAGCAGUCUAUCCUUUCUGCUUAGCCUAGCUGAUCUUGUCUGUGCUCUCCGGAGAAGGACAGAAAGAAACCAAAAGAACAAGCUGCUGGCAAACCUCCAUGUAGAGAAUGAAUGCAUUUUAAAUCUUUCCCCUGUACAGCAUGGUAGUUCUUCACCUCAAAAUCAAGACUGUCCAGUAUCAAAUAGCAGCCAGACCAGUGAUGGCUCCUGCUCACUUCUCUCUGAGGAGGAAGGAGAGGUGGCUGUUCUUCAUCCUGAAGUGGUCUCUCAGCAAACUGCCAGCACUAACCUCAACAGCAAUAGCAACAAGCCCUGUAUAGCAGGAGAUCUUGCUGCUAAGCAAGAUAGCACUGAAGAACCUUCCUGUACUGGUGACCAUCAAGGAGCUACGUGCGGGCAAGUCAGACCCAGUCUUCAGCAAGACUUCAUUAAAGAUACUGCCCUGAGACCUCAGAUCAAGUCUCACCUUAGAGGUUCUUCCUCUGUAGUUCAGAGCAAGCUUUUAGGAUACUACCCUUCAGCUGAGCUAAAAACCCUUGAUGCACAAUCAAAUUAUAGCAGUACUAGUUGCUUGAGGUCAAAAAAGUCAGAAUGGGUAUAGAGCCCUGAGUGAACACUACCCUAUGACCCUGGCAGAACAAAUCAUUUCAUCACUGAGGAGGUUUCAUGUAGUUCCAGCUGGAUCCCUCAGCUGUGGUUAUACUGCAAGGACACUCUACUAUGCUGUGUUCCCCCAUGGACAAGGAAGUGCAAACCAUGGAUAAGAGUUUGAAAGAUAUUAUAUAUUAUGUUUUUCUGAGUGCAAGUGACUUAAAUAAGCUGUGGACUGUCACUGAGGUGACUGACCUGGCUUUCCAGGAGUAUGUGUGAACAUUUGUUUACCCUAACCUAGUUUUAUUCAGAGGGUCGCAAGAACUGCUAUUUGUAGAUACUGCUUACCUACGUAGCACCUACAAUGCUGUUUAGACACAGCACAGAUCUAGUCUUGCUCUUAGUCUGCCAUGUAGCAAGUUUCUGUAAUGACUUAAUGUCUGGCUCUUCUGUGCAGAACAUCAAGGGACAACAGCUUUCACGUUCUUCCUUUUCUCUCCUAUGGGUGCAGAAGUCUUUAAGACAGUUUGGCUCAUAACAUCUGUGUAUCAUUUCUCACAUAUGCAAGGUAAAGACUACUACUUAAUCAUCCCUCAUCUUCUGCAUCCCCUCAGAAAUUAUGUAGCUUAAUAGAUGGAUGCAACAGAACUGCUCUUUGUGUCGGGAAGCAGAAUUUACUUCUGCCACCAAAGUACUUUGGGAUCCUGAGGUAUGCUACAGAGGUUUUUAAUUACUACCAUCUAAGUAAAAUGUUCCUCUCUAUUAGCUGUGUUUGUUUCUUUUAUCAUACAUGCUUGUUGUAUGAUUUGUCAUUUCCAGGGUAGGAAAUUAAAUUUUAAACUUAUCACAGGCAGAAAAAAACAUUAAAUAUUUAAACCUCUCAUCCUCCAAAGCCUCCUUAACGGGGCCUGGGCUGAUUACACAUACCAUGACAAAACAUUGCAACAAUGAAACCUUUUAUGAUUCAUUGCGUCUUCUCAGCUGUGAGAAGGAAUGCAAGGAACAAAUGUGGAUUCAGUCUAUCGCAUACAUCCCCCAGCGUGAGAUAUAAAUAGGGUAGGAUAAAUAAUAAAUGUGUUAUGGCUGGAUACAGUUUGCUUUUUUGUGCCUCUAGUUAGGCAUCUUAUAAUGACUGAGUAGUCUCAUUCCAAAUCAGAAAGAUCCUGUUUGUGUUUGAAAUGGGAAGUGAAAUUAAUUAACUUCUUUAUUCUAUUUGCAGUUUCUUCUUGUGAGAUUGUGGCCUUUGGUUUGUGUCCCUCAGCUGCAAACUUUGCUGCUUUUAGGACUUGUGGACCCUUUGACUCAUAAUUCAGAGUCAGUGUAAUAAACACUUAAUGUGUUUAUAAAAACUGUAUAUUAAAAGAGCAGGAUUUGUAUAGGCUUUUCACUGGGGAGUGAAUAGAAACUUCUGGCAUCAACAACCUGCUCCUAAGGGAAUGUCUCUGAGCCUCUUCUAACAAUUAUAUCCAAGUCACAUUCAUUAAUUACAAACACAUGGUUUUACAAACUGGGUGGAUCUACUAGGAGGGGAAGAUGAAAGGAAGAUGUGCAAAUGUGUUUGAACUAUUCUGGGUUUCCACAGUGAUCAUUGGUAGGGGCAUCCACAGUGGGGAGGAGAAAAUGGAAAAGAAGAUCUGUUUGAAAGAACAAAAAGGAUCACCUCUAAUUUGUCCUUAUAUUCAAUAUCACUGAACGUUAAGGUACUGUGAAGAUAUCUAGAUGUCCUAGAAAGAGUGAGUGAAAGAAGUAAUAGACGUGGAGCAAGGAAGCAGCAUGAUUUUCUGCUGUUUAAGCAAACAUUUAAUCUUUUAAAUUUGUGAAUUGGUUUUGUAAGUCCUUCCAGAACAUAUUUCAUACUCAGGAAAAUGUUACAAUGUUAUGUUUGCCAGUGCAUCUUUCUAUCAUUUCUUAACCCAUCUACUUCAGAAAAGCAUCUUGGAAGAAGGGCUGAAAACACAAUACUCCUAAUACUGCCCUCAGGGAGCUUUGUCAUGCCUUCAGACAAGUCUGCCAUAGCUGCAGGUACCACUUGCACUCUGAGGUGGGUUUAUGGAAUGAUACAUAGGAUACAUAUACUGCUCAUCUAGUGUCGUGUGGUACUGAACAUGAGACUACACAGAAAGGAAUUGAGCUCCCUGGCAACAAGAGUUGGAACUGAGUAGGAAAUCUGUGAUAAAAUAGCUUUCACAUGGGAAAUAAAAUUUCUGUUGGAAAAUUAUAAAUUGCCUAAAAAAAUGUUUUUUCUUAGUAUCUUCAACUACAUCAUAGGACUUCUUUUGCUAAACAGGUAUCUAUUGGGCUGCUGGUGACCUGGAAUUUCCAUGCUUUCCAUGCAGCAAAAUCAAGUAUCACUGGGAGUUUCUGCAGUAUCAGCAUGAUUUAAAGAAAAAAAAAAUAUCCAU